UCCCCCCCCCCCCCCGUCUCUCCAUCUGGUUCGGUCCUCGCGAUGCCGUCGUCGGUUCGUGCCUCCCGCUGGCGCAGCCCAUCUCUCCUCCGCUGAAGGGGGGGGGCAGCGGAUGGAGAGAUCGAGAGCGCGAGUCGCCUCUCCCGCUUCGUGCCUCCUCGCCUCGCUCUCCCGGCCGGCUCAUGGUGACACUCCGGUCCGUGCUCUUCUGGGCUCUCGUGUACGCUUACUGCGGCCUGUGCGCCUGCAGGGAGCUGCUGAAACUUUUGUGGAGCCUCGGCACGAGGCCGGCCAAGACCUUCCAGUGGCUCAUCCGGGAGAACCCGCCGGGCUGCCUCAACGACCCUUCCUGGGGGACUCACUGCUAUGUCCGGAUCAAGGAUUCCGGGUUAAGAUUCCACUAUGUGGCUGCUGGAGAGAGGGGCAAACCGCUUAUGCUUCUUCUUCAUGGCUUUCCGGAGUUCUGGUACUCCUGGCGUCAUCAAAUGCGGGAAUUUAAGAGCGAAUACCGAGUUGUGGCCUUGGAUUUGAGAGGUUACGGAGAAACUGAUGCUCCUGCCCAGAGAGAGAAUUACAAGCUAGACUGCCUGAUUACAGAUAUAAAGGAUAUAUUGGAGUCUCUUGGGUACAGCAAGUGUGUGCUGAUUGGUCACGACUGGGGUGGAAUGAUUGCUUGGCUAGCUGCUAUUUGUUACCCAGAAAUGGUGACGAAGCUGAUUGUUGUGAAUUUUCCCCAUCCUUCAGUUUUUACAGAAUACAUUCUACGACAUCCAUCACAAAUGAUUAAAUCUGCCUACUACUACUUCUUCCAAAUGCCAUGGUUUCCUGAACUUAUGUUUACGAUAAAUGAUUUUAAGAUUCUGAAAAGCCUCUUUCCUGGCCAGUCAAGUGGAACUGGAAGGAAAGGUUGCAGGCUAACAGCGGAAGAUAUUGAAGCUUACCUGUAUGUAUUCUCCCAACCAGGCGCACUAACCGGCCCCAUUAACCACUAUAGAAACCUUUUCAGUUGUCUGCCUCUGCAGCACCAUGAGGUCACCAUGCCCACUCUGUUGCUGUGGGGAGAAAAAGAUCCCUUUAUGGAGGUUGAGAUGGCAGAAAUCACAAGGAUUUAUGUAAAAAAUCAGUUUAGACUUACGAUUCUGUCUGAAGCCAGCCACUGGCUCCAACAAGAUCAGCCUGACAUCGUGAACAAGUUGAUAUGGACUUUCUUGAAAGAAGAGUCAAGAAAAAGAGAGUGACUGUUGUUUUUUUGCUGGCACAAUCUAAAUGUUAAAAUUAAUUGUGAUCAGGGCCAUAUUUGCAGCAAACCUUAGACCUGAGCUCUGCUAGAGAAAAUGUUUUUCAAUGUACUGUACGUAUUGAUGCCAAUGUUAUUACAAGAAGGUGGUGUAAGACUCUGUAAUGUUAAUGUUGGUUUUACCUGUAUUCUGUAUUUUGCACAUGAAACACUUGCCUUAAAAAUGUUUGUGCUUGUACAAUAAGGAACUCAUAGAAAGUUGCUUAGUUUUGGUUACUCACUUGCUUUAAAAUUCUAAUGUGUGGUGCCUUUAACAAAUUUAUAAUGAUGAAUCAGUGCAGGGGUACCAGAUGUAAAAGAAGUUAUUAUUGGUAUGAUGAUCAAUUUUCAUUCUACUGGUUGGAAUUUUUUUUACUGUAUUUUUACCAUUAAAAAUGUUAACAGGUCUUUUGGUCUACAUAUUACUGCAAAAGCCUAAAGAAAAGAAAACUUGUGUCUGGGCACAUUUUGAGAUCCUAAAGUGACAAAUCAGAUGUAAUUGUGCUAAGUUGAUAGCUGCUUGUCCGGUGAUGUAAACUGGGGAAAAAACCUAGGAUGUAUACACAUAGUGUUUCAACAACUAAAAUAGAGAAUGAAGAACUCCAAUGAUGACUUAUGUAUCCUAGUAUUUGCCUUGUUCUAAUAAACUGCAACUGACAUGGUGCCCUGUA